CGCCGGGCCCCGGAGGGGGCCCCCGAGCAGCCGCGGGCCCGGCCUGCGCGCUCCCGCUCUGCGCCGCGCCCCGGGCCUCCUCCCCCGCGAGGCGCCGCUGCCGGGGCCGCACCGCUCCCCCCGGGCGGGCCUGAUGCUCCGGCAGAGGGGCCCGGGUGCGAUCCGGCUCGGGGGAGCGCGGUGUCCUCGAAGGCCCGUCGCGUUUUAUCGCGGAGCUUACAGCUUCUCCUCCAAAGACACGCUGGCGCUGCACACUGCUUGGAUUUGACAGUACAGCCAGAGAACAAGAAUGAUAGUGAAGAAGAAGAGACUAUUCCUCUGAUGGACCAAGAAGAGACAUUUCUCCCAGCAGAAGGAGUCACCUUUGGGGCUGCAGAGCUGUCCACUGGUUCUGCAGAAGAAAAAUCUGCUGAGGCUUUCUCAGACAAAGUCAAAGUUGACAGUCGUCCUCCUGAAUUGGGUGACAUGGAACAGCCAAUAAUAGACAGAGGAAACCCUUCCCACACCUCUUCAGGAGCUCUUACGCGGACAUCGGCAUUGUCAGUGCAGGUGGACAGUCAUGCAGAAUCAGGUGACAUUGGAGAACCCAUUUCUCUCUAUUCGGAGGCUGCCUUUGAGGAAUUCAGUCAGUAUGCUAGUGAGCAUGGUGGCCAAAGAAGGCAACAAGAAUACCAACAGCAUGGAGCUGAGGAAAUUGAAAAAAGUGGAAGAAGCGAGGAAACAGCAGAAGAAACACAGCUGGUUGUCUUGGAUCCAGAACAUCCUCUAAUGAGAAGAUUCCAGGCUGCCCUGAAGAAUUACCUUACCAGGCAGAUGGAAAAAGUGAAUCUGGAGCUUCAGGAGCUGAGGACAGCCACAAAGAAGGGCAGAGUACAGAGAGAAGAGCUUGGAGUGAUUCUUUAUGGAGUCCAGCAGCAGCUGGCCCAGCUGCAGAUGGAACUGGAGAAGAGCCGUGACCGCCAUUCCCAAAUAGCCACAGUGCGUCAGCAGCUAGAAGAGGAACUGGAGGGCCUCAGGCUUACUUACAAGAAAACAUGUCAGAACACAGAUGAUGAACGCAAGAAAGUUUCGGCAAUGCAGACCCAGGUGGAAAAACUGGCCUUGCAUCUCUUCUACAUGCAGAAUAUGGACCAGGAUAUGCAUCAUAAUAUUUUACUGAUGAAACAGUCAACAAAGAAGGCUGAAGCAGAGAAAGUCCAGGCUGAGGUGGAAAAGAAAAAACAGGACCUUCUAGUGGACCGCUUAACAAGAAAAGCCUAUGAACUACAGGAACAAGUUGCCCUGUUCGAAGCUCAGAUUGUGGCCCAGGCAGAGGACACAAAAAUAACUCGACAAGCAGUAAAUGAGGCUAGUAUGGAGGUACAGGCUAUUAACAUGGAGAAGAAGCGGUUGAUGAACCACUGGAAUAGUAGUUUGGCUGGAAUGAGGCAAAGAGAUGAGGCCUAUGCUGCCAUACAAGACUUGCUGAGCAAGUACAGACAUGAGCUCAAGUCCCUAGAAAUAGAUAUCUAUGGCUGCAGAAAGUCAAUCAGGAAGGAAGAGGAGAAGAAUGAGAUGCUCGUCACCAUCCUGAGCCGUUCUCAGAAUGAUGCUAAUAUGACAAAGAAAAUGAUUGCCCAGUGUCUUUCAAGGCAGGAGGCCUUGAAGGUUGAAUCUAACACCUAUACCCGCAUUCUCCAGGAGACAGAGCAGGCCCUCAGUAGAACAAAGAUGGAUCAAGCUGCUCGUGUGAACGAGUUGCUAUCCAUCAGUAAGGAUAUAGAGAAAGGAACUGAUACCAAAGAGCAAAUGGAGAAUGAGAUCAUGGCAAAGCUUCAGGAUCAGAUGAUGUCCAGCAAAGCAGCAAAAUACUUCUCGCAGCUGGCUGAAAAACUUCGUAAGAGAAAAAUGGAUCUGGAGCUGCAUUUUUCCAAAGUUGAGAAUGAUACAGCCCAAGUAAUUCUGAAUGCAACUCAUACUAACUGCAGGCUGACCGUUCUCCAAAAAACACUUUCUGAGCUGGACAAGGAAAUAAAAAAUAUCCACGACCUGAUCAGCCGUAGUGAAACUGAGAUCACAAAGCGCAGUCUCCUGAUUGAGAACAAGCAAGGGGUCAUCAACCUGUGCAACAAAAGGCUGGAGAUGAUUCUUUCCCAGCUUGGGGGGCAAGAGUUGGGACCACUGGAAAUUGAGAUCAACAGACUGACCAAGCAGAUAGAAGAAUGUAAUUCUGAGGUGAUGACACUACAGAAGUACUGGCUUAAGCUGCAGAAAGAGCUGGUCAAAUUAACGCACGGACGGGAGGAGCAGCUAGCCUCCUUGGAUAUGUUAAAGAAGCAGAUCACAAUCAUGCAGCAGAAGAAAGUACGCAUUGAAAAUGAAAUUCAGCAGGAAACAAAAGAGCAGAAAGACAUUGAACGUCACAUGAGGAACAUGUCGAAUGACUUGAUAAAGUUAAAUAUAUUGAUCAACAAGAACAGCAACAGCUUUGAGGAGUUGCAAUAUGGCAACAUUAUCACAGAGAAUGAGUUUGUAUGCUCUCUGAAGGCAGCAGAAAAAGAAUCAAUUGAGAUGCAGGAGAAGCACAGUCAAUUGAGUGAGGAGAAGGAAAGACUCCUAAACAGCUUGGUGGAAGCAGAGCAUCAAAUCAUGCUGUGGGAGAAAAAGAUCCAGCUGGCCAAAGAGAUGCGUUCAACAGUGGAUUCUGAGACAGGACAAGGCGAAAUCCGAGCCAUGAGAACAGAGAUUCAUAGGAUGCAAGUCCGUUAUGGCCAGCUGAUGAAGCAGCAGGAGAAGAUGAUUCGUGAUAUGGAGGCAUCUGUCUCUCGUAGAGAGACCAUAGCGAUUCGUGGAGAAGGUCAGAGCAAAAUGGAUAAGAAGCACAUCACCAAGAGCGACUUCCACCGCAAGAAACAGGAGCUGAGAAAGAAGAUCAGUGAAACGCAGAAGAAUGCUCAAGACUGCAACAAAACUAUCAUGGAGCUGAAGAGCACCCAAGCAUCCCUUAGUGCCGCCUGCUUGGAAAAGCAGCAGGAAGUUGGCGCCCUGCAGGCUGAGUCUGAUGGCCUGGAUUCAGACCUAGAAUGUCUUCAGAAAAAAAAACGAUGGAAUCUUUUGGAGAUUGUGGCUUAUCAAACACGCCAGAAGCACCUGCAGGCAGUGAAGGAAGGGAAAUACACGCCCCUGUGCCGCACUGAAGAAGCCUGGAGAAACGAGCAGCAGAAAUUGCAGGAGCGGCUUCGCACCGUUAAUGUCAUAGUCCACCAGAUCCAGGAGGAGCGUCCUGAGCACCGGAGGGCUCUGCAGUGGCUCAGCGAGCGUUUGGAGGCCAGGCUGGGCUCGCGGGAAGCAGAGCAGACAGUGGGAGCCAGAUCCGAAUAAAAUAUCUGUUAGAGUUCUUCUAAUAAGUGUAACCCAACCUCCGUAGCUGUUCUAGGUGUGGCAGGUUUUUUAAGUAAAAAAUAUAUAUAUAUUUGAAUGUA